AUGGGGAAAGGUGACGCUGGUCGCUGCAUUUUCCCCCUCACCAGUUUGCAAAUUGGAGACUUGCAGUCUUACCUUUCGGAUCUUAGCCUUUUCCUGGCCCCUGAAAGCAAGAAAUUCUAUAUCUUGGUUGACAAUCGGCCAUGGCUAGGCUCACGGUCAGCACACUUGUGGCAAUUGAUGGUUACCAAGUCAAGGUUAUCUCCUUUUGCCAACUCUAAAGCACGGAAGUUGAGAACAGAAGGAAAGGAUGCUUGCUCCUUACCCAAGACUGCAAAACCAAAGAAGUUUGCUAGGUGGUUCUCGUUGAUUAAGUCUCAGAAGAAGGUAUUGCUACCUGUAAAGAAACUAAGGACUUCUUUGCUUCUAAGCCAGGAGUUGCAUAGGACCUUGUAUGGUUUUAUUGUGUUUGAAGUUGCGUGGAGCAAUGUUCGAGGUAUUAAUUACGUCAAUGAGCUUCAGACUGAUACAUCACUGGCUGUAGAGGCUAAAUUCAUGCAAAGAUGGGAAUUUGACAGUAUUGCUCAAGCUGCAAGUUGUAUAUCUUCAUGGUUCUCAGGAACAAUCUCUGAGCAGCUACAGUUGAAAGAGUAUCUGAAUUCUGCCAUAGGUAGUCUCCACAAGGGUGUUUCUGUUGCACAGGACUCAGAAGGAGAGGUCUUCUUUGAUGCCAAAGAAUAUCCAGAUGCCGAAGAAUAUCCAGAAACGAUGCCGGUUGUUGAAGAAAAUCUGUCGGAUAAUAACCUGUCUAUGGAGGAAAACUCUCUCCACUGCCUUAGUAGCAACUAUAGUGUACAUCCGGAAACCAGUGAAAAUGGGACCAGUGUUGCACAUACAUCACCUCCACCUACUGGGCCUUAUAAGAGGCGGAAAAUAACCACGUCCAUCAGCACUGGAGUUGAACUAGAUACUUAUUCCGAGGAAAUGCAAAAUCCUGAGACCUAUAUCAGUGACUCUGAAGAUUCUGAGACCUAUACCUGUUACAGUGAAGAUGAAAUGCAGAACUCUGAGGCUUAUUCCUGUUACUGUCAAGAUGAAAUGCAAAACUCUGACGUCUAUACCCGGGACUGUGAAGAUGAAAUGCAAAACUCUGAGACCUUUACCAGCGACUGUGAAGACGCUAUACCAGAGACUGUAAAGACAACCUGUGAUGAUGCUUUUAAAGCUACCCAGUUCAGGGAAGAUGCUAUACCAGUAACUGCGGAUACCUAUACCAGUGACUCUGUAGAUGCUGUUGAAGCUACCCAGUACAGGGACGUACUUAUUUUGUUCAGGUUCAAUGACCGCGACCUCCCAUUUAAACUAAGAGAAAUAAUAAUGUCUGAUCUUCGGUUACUGACGUUGCUUGAGGCUGGGCUUCCAUCUUGGGUUAUCUUCCUUCAGUCAUACCCAGGGUUUUGCCAUAUCUAUCGCCCGUGGAUGUGCCCUCUUGCAAGAGCAUUAUAUGUGCUGAUCUCAGUUGUCACUGUUCUAAUAGGAUUUUAUGACCUAUACAAAAAUGUUCCAGUUCUCAAGGUAACUGCAUCUCGUCUUUGUGGGCCUCUAUUUGAUUGGAUAGAGACCUGGUCGAUGAUAUCAAGGAUCAAAUACUUGGGAACAAUGCUAUUUCUACACAACUCUCAGAAAGCUGUUCAGUGGUUUCUGACAAUCAGAAGCACCACUCGAUCCUUUAUUUCAGUUCUCGCUCAGCCAUUGGCAGAACCUCUUCUGGAGUGUUUUGGAUUCCUCAUUCCAGUAUGGAAUGUGCUUAUUGAAGUAAUAGAAAGCCUCUGUUCAAUCAUUUGGAUUCUGGUUGGAUCUUCAUGCAGUCUAGUGGGGAACCUAGUACAGAUUUUAUUAGUUCCAGUAUGGUUUCUCCUAUCGGCCAUCUGGAGCAUUGGAACUUCCAUUGUAUACCCUAUGUUGAUGAUGCUAUGGGAAAUAGUCUAUGCUCCGGUUCGCAUGGUUGUUGCAGUAGCCAAUUUCCUAGCUUUUAUUUGUGCCUGUAUAUAUGACAUGCUUCGAGACAUAUGGCAGUUUACUAGCAGCAUAUUCCAGUUUGCUUCAGCCUCUCAGGCAACUGUGAGAACGGUUGAAGUUUCCAUAUGGCGUUCACUUUGGAAUGACCUUUUUUCUCAGGUUUUCCGUGCGAUCAGGAGUAUCUUAAAUGGUUUUGUUGCAUUCUUCAUAGCUUGUAACAGGCAUCGCCUUAGUAGUGUUGGGGCAACUGCAGAAUCUUGGGAGAUCAUAAGGGGAGAUUUCUCUUAUAAUGGAAAAAUGGUGGUCAGUGGUGGCCUUGGAAAAUACUAUUAA